GACUGAGUCAUAGAUAAACAUUGGCACGUUCUGCCACAUGAACGUGACUCUGUGCUUCAGGUGUGUGUAUAUAAAGAGCAGGGAUCCCCUCAUCAUCACUGCAUCAUUCAGCUGAUACCUGAAUAACAUCACCUCACAUUUACCUGACAGAACAGUUGAUCAGUUGAUCAUCACCAUGAAGACUGUCCUGGUCCUCUCCAUUCUCCUCUGUGCUGCAUUUGCAGCUCCACAACCAGAGGGAGAGAAGACAAACGAAGAGAAGGCUCCAGAGAUGGACAAGAUGAUGAAGGAUGAGGAAGAAUUUGUGCCAGAAGAAUUUGUCUCUGUUCCCAGAAACGCACCUUUGUCUGAGGAGGCAGCAGCACCUGAAUCUCGUUUCAACUUCUGUCCAGACGGCUGGUUACAGCAUGGCUCUCGCUGCUUCCGGCUCAUCUCUACUCCCAUGAGCUGGUACAGGGCUGAGGAGCACUGCAACAUCCUGGGUGCCCACCUGGCCUCGGCCACCAACCCCAGAGAGUACAGCUUCCUCCAGCAGAUCGCAGGGAUAGGCAGUUCGAAUGCUGCAUGGCUGGGAGGCUUCAACCUGCAGGUAUGGAUUUAUGCAGAAACACCAGUCAGUCAGUCCAGAUCAAGCCCAGGACCUGGUCCAAAGGGGGUCUAG